GCGCAAGCGCAGGCGGGUGUGACAGCGCCACACUGGUACUAAAGGGGCUUUUCCACGCACAUCUACACCCGCUUCUCUCUUCUCUCACAAAUUACAAUAUACAGAACACUGUCAUCAUACCAGAUGGAAGCAGCUGGGUGCCCCGAGUGUUCAUAACUAUCGUACCAGUAGUCGCUGGAUGCUGAAACAAAUAUAAGUGAGAAAAUAGAGAUUGUGGAGUUGGUACAAAAGUCUCUCAGGAAACUCUUGUAAACAAACUACAAUGGAUGUGAUGCAAGAUCAAGACCGCCGUGUUAAAACGCUGCGGCGUGAGCUGGAAGGCUGGCGCGAGGUGCUGUGUUUCAUGCACUCGCUACUCAUAUGGGAAAAACACUAUUAUCCAUUUAUAUCUAUAUCAGCAGUCACAACACUGUUUCUUUCAAUAUGGUAUAUAGAGCCUUCAAUGCUGACCUUAUUCUCAGUGAUGGGCAUCACAGUAACCCUCUGUGAUUAUUUGGUACCACAGAUUGUGCCAUGGAUAGUGGGAGCACAUUUUUGGACAGGGGCCCAUGAACGCCGCUAUGAGCAAAUCAUCACCUCCAUAGCCUCUCUUUGUGGCUUGGCUUCUUACAUCUCCAAUACUCUUACAACGAUGAAGGAAUCAAAACCCAGGACAUAUUUUGUGAUGGUAACAGGCAGUUUGCUUCUGUGUGCAUGGGUUGGAAACACAAUCAACAACUUGCUUCUUACAUACCUUAUUGUGUUGGUAAUUGUCUUGCUCCCAGGCCUGAAGCACCAUGAAAUCAUACAAAAAUAUUUGUCAACAGCUCUGAAGACAUUUGCUAAUUUGAUGAAGAGCUCAGUUUCAGCUGUACAAGGAAGUGGUUCUGUCACAGAAGAUGCUUCUAAGAAGAGGGGAAUGAGGGUUAUAAUGAUAAGUUGGCAUUGGCACACCACUGAAUUGUGUUCUGAGGUGAUGUAUGGCCUGCAAGGGUUUACAACUUCUCCAUCAAUGCUGUAUACAUAGGUGCUACUUUAAAUACACACCAAGGGGAGGGAAACAGGGUGCUUCCUGUUGAAAGGUCUCCAAUCCCAGGAAUUAACAGC